AUGGACGCGGCGCCUCUCCUUUUCGAGCACGACCCACUCCCAGAACACACGUCACAUUUCCGGCUACUGCGCAUCAUUCGCGGCGCCUUUGGCCAGCACGUCGAAUGCGAGAUUUCCACCUGGCCAAUUGCCAGUGCGCCGCCCUACUUGGCAAUCUCGUACACAUGGGGCAACCCGGCCGACACGACCGAGAUCACGAUCAACGGCAGGCGUCUCGUCGUACGACGCAACUGCGAAUAUGUCCUCCAGCAGGCUUUUGCGUCCAGGCCCGGGGAGUACUUCUGGGUUGAUGCUAUUUGUAUUGCUCAGACUACGCAAGAGAAGAACCACCAGGUUGGGAUUAUGGGCCAGAUUUACUCCGGAGCAAAGCAUGUUUUGGCG